AUGUUGCCAAGCAGUUUGCAGACUUUGACCUUUGGCUACAUGUUUAACCGGAAGUUGAACGCCGCCGCCCUGCCAGACAGCCUGCAGACUCUUACCUUCGGCUUUCUGUUUAACCAGAGCUUGGAAGGUGUGACAUUACCAAGCAGCCUGCAAACGUUGAGCUUCGGCGCCUAUUUUAACCAGAGCUUGGAAGGUGUCAUCUGGCCAAGCAGUCUGCAGACUUUGACCUUCGGGCAGAAUUUCGAUGAGACUUUGCAAGGUGUCAUCUUGCCAAGCAGCCUGCAAACGUUGAGCUUCGGCGCCUAUUUUAACCAGAGCUUGGAAGGUGUCAUCUGGCCAAGCAGUCUGCAGACUUUGACCUUUGCCGAGAAAUUCAACCAGAGCUUGGAAGGUGUUGAUUUGCCAAGCAGCCUACGGAGCUUGACCUUCGGCAGUGGCUUUGACCAAAGCUUGGAAGGUGUCACUUUUCCAAGCAGCCUGCAGCACUUUGGCUUCAGGAGUUUCAGGAUUUCUUGCAGUGCAUAA